AAGUGGACUUCCCCAAACUUGGAGUUUGGUCAGUUACUGGGGCAAUGUGACUGUGGUGUUUGGGAUCCUCGCAAAUUAAACUGACAGGGUAGCCCUCUUUUUCGAGGUUAGGAUUAUUUAUUUUGAGGCGCCUUUUAAGUAUGACUUCCAGGAGUGGAGAGAUGGACUGGCGGUGGAUAGUUUUCUCACUGUUUAUGAACUUUCACUUCACUUACGGGUUUCCCCCCUCUUAUGACUUGUUCCAAGGAGCUGCAUACACUGGAAUGGUACACAGACACAGAAACAGGAACUGGUGUGCUUAUGUGGUGCGUAAAAACGUGAGCUGCGCGGUGCAGGGGAGCGUGGAGAGUUUCCAGGAGCCUGUGAUGGCCCCCUGCCCAGCAUACCAGCCCGACUGCCAGCAACAAGUGACAUACCACAAUCGGUUUCGGCCCACGUACAAGAUUGCCUUCAAGACAGUCACAGAGUUGGAGUGGAGAUGCUGUCCUGGUUACCAAGGUCUGGACUGCAAAGAUUUAAAACCACCCCCGGACCGACAAACAGUUCAGGGAACAUGGCCUUACUACCCACAGAAUUCUGGAUAUACACCCAGACAUACGCAGAGGCCAGAGCGGAGAGAGACAGCGCACCAUGAAACGAGGCGUGAUGGGGGGGAUAAGGUGCAUCUUCUGGAAGGUGAAGUUCAGCGCCUCUCUCAGACAGUCCAGGAUCUCCAGUCCGCUUUGGCAGGGUUAACCACCAACCUCCGCACAGAUCUGCAAGAAGACACAAAGAAGAUAUUGGUGACGCUUCUCAACAACAUGCGUCCGCCAGACAUCUCUACAGCUGCAGACACUGAGGAGAGCCCGGCAGUGCUUGAUGGUCACCAGGCUACUAGAGGAGGAAUUGUUGGAGACAACGCAAUAGAUAAAAUAGUGACCCGGUUGGAUGAUAUUAACAAUGAACUGAAAAUCAAAGAUGACGCUUUGGAGGACCUAAGAGGAUCCAUGACAAGUCACGAGGGACAGAUCCGCGUCCUGAUGGAAGCCUCUCAAGCUCAGGCUCCAGCCAUAGCGGAGUUUGAUGUUAUCCAGAGUUAUGUUGAUGGAAAAUUUGAGAAGCUAAAGAAGGAGCUGGACCAGAAUGUGGAGGAACAGAUGGCCAAGCUUCAGGGCUCAUGCAAUGACAAGGUCCAGAUCUGUGAAGACAGCCGUGAUCAAGGUUUGCUCAAGCUGACCAAGCUGUUGGAUGCUAAGGAGACUGAUCUGAAAAAGGAGAUCCGGGCACUUCGUCUGGACAUGGCUGCUGCAGAUGGACCAAUACAGACUCAAAGACAGAUUGAUCCAUCCAAAGAGGCAGAAGAUCGCAGUAACCAUAAAGACCUGUGGCGUGAGAUUGACCGUAUUGCAGAGGCUCAUCGCAUUUUGAAUGUUCGAAUUGACAACGAACUGGCACACCUGUCUGCACCUCUGGAAGACAAUGAUUUCAGUUUAAUGCUUGAAGAGAUGGAGGCACGCAUUAAUAUCACGGAGCAAAAUGCAGAGACUCAUUGUUUCUAUAUUGAAGAGAAGCUGACACGUACAAUUACGGAAGAAGUGGCAGCAAUCCGGCAGCUUCUGGGGGAGCGUCUGAACGGCAUGGAGGAUCAGUUUACGAACAUGCUGGUGGAAAUGAGCAACAGCUCCUUCCCUGGGAUGUUUGGUGACUCCAUGGAUGCUAUCCAGACAGAAGUCAACAACAAUAAGUUCCUACUCCAAGGUUUGGAUGAUAAGGUCAAUGCUGUUGGAGAGUUGUGCUCUGCAGGAUGUUCAGGAUCAGGAAUAAAUGUUGGUGCAGUGAGUUCAUCGCCAACACCUAAAGGUCUAGAAAACAUAUUGAAGGAUCUGAAUCUGUACAGGAAUGAUUUGGAUGUUCUUCACACAGAUGUCAAUUCCAACACGGGAAAGCUCAGGCAACUAGAAGAUCUUGUUGGAAGACAUUCGGUCACAAAUGAAGGUCAUGUGAAGACAAUGGAGGAUUUCCAGAAGGGAUUGAAAAAUCUUCAAGAUAACGUGCGUGGUCUGGCUGGUGCUGUUACAGGGUUAAGUGACUCCUUAAGCAAAUACAACCAGGACAUGCAACAAAUAAACUCGACAUGCUGCCAUGCAGGGGGUCGAGCACAGGACAACUGGGCCUCGGUCGUUACAGUACCCAGCGUCCAAACAGACAACACCAGACGUCAGGUGGAAGAGCUGAAGAACAGGCUUGAUGCGCUCAGUAGGCAGGUGUCAUCUGAGCUUAGUCAAUGUAAACAGAACACACAGGGUAUUUCCAAUGGUAUCUCUGCUGUCAAUGGACGUGUGACCAGACUUGAAAAGGUGUGUGGAAGGCUAGAUGGGGUAACCGCCAACAUCAGAGAGCUGAAGGAGGGACUGGAGAGAAAUGUUGGUGGUCUGCGGGACUGUUUGAGCAGGAUGAACGCCACCUGUGGAAAUCACAGAGGAGAGAUCAUCGUACUGCAGAACUCCGUGCAGAGGCUCCAGGCACAGCUGUCCUCGAUGGCCAAACAUGUGUUGAAAGACGUCACUGCCAAAGAGCCAGGAAUGACCUUAAGACCAGAAAGGCCCGCACUUGUGCCAGAUUCAACCAGAACCAGAAUCCAACAAAUCCACAUCCCUCUCAUCAUCCCGCCGCCGCCAUCCAACCCCAGGCAGCCAAACACGCAUAGGAUAAACAUCAGCCCGCCAAGCCAGCCGUCCAGCCCCCGGCAGUCCGGCAGACAACCCACCCCCCCCCUGCUCCCCGUCAGGCCGGUGGUGGAGACGGGCGAGGCCGGACCUCCUGGGUACAGCCGCAGGGUGACUGUCCGGAGAGGCUCCGAGGACUCGAACAACAUGCCUGUCAAAGGAUUUGCUGGAGCACCAGGCUAUCUUCCUCUGCAGCCUGCAUCUUUCAAACCUCAAUCAAACAGCCGCCAAGUUCCUGUAGCUGCAAAGAUGCCCUGGAACCCGAUGCAUCACACUCCUGUGGUUUCACCAGUUUCGGCCCCCAGCAGUGGCUUUGACGAGCCCUUCUCCUUCUCUGCCGGCCUCACACAGCAGCCGCUCAUUGGAGAGUUUGGUUUCAUCCGCUUCAACAGAGUCAUCGUCAAUGAUGGAGGACACUACAAUCCACACACAGGGAUCUUCACUGUCCCUUUGGACGGCCGAUACCUGAUCUCAGGCCUGCUGACAGCCCAGCAGGGGGACCGGGUGGAGGCCGUGCUGUCCGUGUCUAACCGCAGCGUGCAGAGGCUGCAGAGCUCCUCGGGGCCUGGAGCCGGCCAACAUGGGGCCCCAGCGGCGGGAGACUGUGGCUGCGGGGGGUCCGUGUCCUUCAGUGUCAUCUUCCCUCUGAGGAAAGGAGACCGUGUUGGUUUGGUGAGGACCGGGGGCCGGCUGGCCACAACCGGGGCCCGGGAGAUCCUCUCCACCUACAGCGCCAUCUUCCUGUACGCACCGCAGGACAAGUCAUAGCUGCAGCUCAGCUGGGCAGAAACAGCAAGGACCAGUUUGAUCCCAGAGAAAAAGGACUGGAGGAAAUGAUGAGAGGAGGCAGAGUUUUUACUGAUUUGCUGUGAUUUACCACGCAGGGCCGCUGUGUGAAGAUCCUCACUUAUAAAUUCAGUUAGGAAGUCAUUGCAUUGCAUUUCGUAAGCCAUUUGCCAAAUAUAUCUGAAAACAAGAAGCAGGAUUUGUUUCUAAUAUAUUUGAUUAUCACGUUGCCUUUUUGUACCUAUUGUGAAUGUCUUGUGUAAAUAAGUGUUUAUAAAUUAACAUAAAAAUUAAUAAAACGUUAUUUUAACAAAACCAACUCAGUCUUAAAGGUGCCAUAGAAUGGAAAUCUGUAUUUACCUUAUCACGGGCAAAUCAUGAAUAUGCAUAUCACAUUGGUAAAACGGGCGAAUUACAACAAUCCCUGUGUGUUACGUCACACACGGUAGUCCAGCCCCAACAUUUGUAUACACCAGCUGCUGGAAACACUAACACUAACACUUACCACUCUGUAACGUUGCUCUCCAAUCUCCGACCAACUGGCUGUUCUUCAAAUUCAUCGGUUCCCUCCUCCGAUAAAGGCUCAAAUAUGUAAGGUUGGAUGCCAAUAGCCUCCAUGGUUCAUCUCUCAUAGUUUCGCAAACUUCACUUACUUCUGUGGGCUCUGAGGCAGCCAUGGAUUGCUCCUUGUAAACCAGCCAAUCAGAGCAGAGCUCAUCAUAAAUAUUUAAAUGAGCCCCCAAAUAAGGCAAUUCAGCUUGUUCCAUUCUAGGACCAAAUCAUAGGGCUGUAAAUGGGCCUGUAAAACCGCAUCUGGACAUUUUUUGGAUCAACUAAAGCUAUAUACCUUCUUUUUAGACAUCAGAGAAAUACCAGAUAGUUGCAUUCUAUGGCCACUUUAUGCUCAAAGAUAAUAAACCAUGACAAGUCAGAGUAUGAGCUCACAAAAUGUUCCAACACAACAAACUUUUAUUAUAGAGGCCCUAUUAUGCUUUUUGGGGUUUUCCCUUUCCUCUAGUGAGUUGUAUAGGUUUUUGUGCAUGUAAAUGGUCUGCAACGGCUAAAAUCCCAGUUCCCCCCUGAAUGGCCUCCAUUGGUGUCCUUUGUUUACUUCUGCGCCAUACUGACAUCAUCAUAUAACACUCAUGCUUCUUUUUGCUAGCGCUCCAACAAAUUGUACGUGAUAGGCUAAGGGGCGGGACAUCUCAAGAUCAAUCACAACAGAGCCGGCAAGCUAACCAAUCAGAGCGGUCUGGGCUCUGGUUUCAGACGGAGGGUAAAAAGAGGUGAUGCAGCACAGGCAGUAUGAGAAAAUAAGCACUUUUUGAACAUGAAAGGAUGCAAACAUGUCACAGCAAAGGCACAAAAUGGAAAUAUGAACCUGGAAAAGAGCAGAAUAUGUCCUAUUUAAUCUAAGAAACGUUGCUGGCUUCAGAAUCAGCACUGAGAAAAACGAGGUUAGAAGGCAACCCCCAUUUGGGUCAUUAUGUAAAGUGGGUGUGGAUGAAAAAUACAUUUCCCCUCACCUCACUCCUGAGACUUAAAAUAUUCCAGCAGCGAGCUGUAAGCAGCAGCAGUUCAGAUCAGCCUCAGUUAACCUUUAAAGGAGAAAAACACUCAUUUCUAUCCACAGAAAAACAGUAAUGAAUUGAAAUGUUAUUUGGUUGUGUUAUUCAAUAAAGCAAAUGUGGAACUACCUGA